GUCUGGCAGUCCCGUGGCUCUCUGCCCUUUGAAUUGGCCUCUUUCCGAUUCGUGCUGCCGAUAGCUUGCUCUCCAGCCGCUGCCAGUUCUAAGGGUGACCCCACCGGCCUUUCCUGCCUUCCUGCCUUUUCUCGUGCCCUGAGCAAGUGAACAUUGGCAGUUCAGGGACUUGCGCUCAAAGCUUCCCGACUGGGUGCCCGAUACCGACACAAAGCAGACCACCGACCACGGAUCAAUUUAUUUGUUCCGUCUCAACUUCCUCUGCCUACCUUACCCUUCCAGCGUCCCUCGACUGCGCUCUACACGUUCACUUGAUCUCACCUCUCAUCAUCUCUCCGCCAGGUCUAUCUCCAGCUGACUCUCUACUCACCGCCUCAACUUCCUGUGCAAACACCAGACAAUCCCCCAAACCUCCCCUCCGGACUCUUAUCAACCAUGUCUUCAGAUCUCACCUUCGCCGAGGUGUCCAAACACAACAGCAAGAAAGAUCUCUACCUUAUCAUCCACGACAAGGUCUAUAACGCCUCAUCUUUCGUCGAUGAACAUCCUGGCGGUGAAGAAGUCCUCCUCGAUGUCGGCGGUCAAGACGCUACCGAAGCAUUUGAAGAUGUCGGUCACUCAGACGAAGCCCGCGAAAUCCUCACAGGACUCUUGGUUGGAGAUCUGAAGCGGGUUCCUGGCGACCCAGCUCCCAAAAUUGGUGCUACCGACAAGAUUGCUGCUGGACCUGGAGGGAGAGAUGCUGGUACUGGUAUGGGUGUUGCUAUGUAUGUCGUCCUGCUUGUUGGCGCCGCAGCUGCAUACUUCGGAUACACAUAUAUGCAGAGCCAGGACUCCAAGUAAAUUUGCGCAAGUACAAAAGAGCGAAGAUACAGAACGGCCUUUCAGUGGACAAGUCCCCCGGGUGGAUCUGGCGGUAAUGAUCAGCAGUCUUUGAUUUUUGGUUGGGACAGAUAUGCAUUAAACGGGCAUGUUGCCAUUUCCCAGCCGGCGAGAUGAACAGCGUGCAUUGCACAUUUACUAGACGAGAAUCCAUCUUGCGCCUAGCUACGUAGACAGCAAACCACCAGAGCUACAAUCUUCAAGUUCAAUCCUUGUCGUACUCGCUAAUUCUGACAACAUGGGUAUAAUUGAA